AUGGCCACGAGUGAACAUGGCAAAUCGCUUGAAUCCACAGGUAGCGAAGUGCGUCUUCGCAUCAAAGGCCUCAGACGCUAUCUAGACGACGACGCACCAGAGCCUUCAAGCCCUGAUGACGAUAUGCCGAUUCCAGAAUCAGAAGAAACCAUUCUCCUACCUGGUGAUAUCCCGGUGUCAGAGCUGUGGACUAAGUUAGAAGAGCUGGGCUAUGUUCUUCCCGACUCACUCUCUCGCAAUGGAGAGAAGUGGAAACCCGGGCGCAUCAAGCCUCAGCUCCACGAAUUCGAGCAAAUCACUGUGGUCCAGGAUGACUUGCCCUCCGAUCCCAGCAAGUCCAUCCACAUUGAUGACAGACUCAUUGCGUAUGCCAAUCGCCACUUCGGCCAGGCGAUCCAGUUCAACGUCGGCGAGGAUGACUCGAACCUCUAUGGCACGAAGAUCGACAGCCUCAAGGACUCGCGGGGGCUUGAGAUCAUCUUUCACCGGACGGUUAGAAUGCCAGAUGACGAGAAGCUUCACCAGCUACCUGGGUCGCUGGGAGCCUUUCCCCUCUACAGCGUUGAGGGAUAUGCCAACAAGUUGCCCAGUGCGAUUGUGCAGGCAGGCGGAGUUUUCAUGCCCAUGUGGCAGCGAGAGGCACUUUGGAUAAGCCUAGAAGCACGAAUCGGCACGCGGUACGCUCUGAGAUUCUCGGUGGGACGUAUCAAUGCCGUCUCUGGGGAGAAGAUGGACCAAGAAAAGGAUAUCUCGGCCGAUGGACAGGGGGUUCAAGACUAUGUCGUCGUCCCGGGCCAGGAGUGGCUCGAUGGGAUCUGUGUCGCUCCCGGGAUUGUGAGACAGUUUGUCGCCAUGCCAUUGGGUUCUGGAUACACUGUCGAGGGCCAAAAGACGGGGGAAGAGAAGCACGGGGGCCUGCAGAUCGAGAUCAUCCCAGCCUUCCAGGAGAGAUUGCGGACUUGGGCCAAAGACCAGACUGGAGACAUAAAGGCCUCAGACCUGGAAUACGGGCGACUCAACGAACACAGCACGCCACGCCAGUUGGGGUUCGGAGUUGGCAACACCAUCAGGCUGUACCCAGAGAAGGCUGUCGAAUACGUCCCAGCAACGGUGGCGGAUAUGGUUGGAGGAGCACAGGUAGACGAGGACUGUCCCGUGAGUAUCUCUUGUUUACUGUCAUGGAAAUACAUGAGUUCGUACAGUGAUGCCCCUCGUCGUCCUCAGGGAGUAUAUCAAUCUAUCGAAAGCAUGGGUGUCGAAAGUGCACUUGCAAAUCAUGGAUUCGAGCAUAUGAUGGCCACAUCCUCCGCAUAUACUCGCGGUGAAAGCCUAUCGAUGGCAGACCAAGGCCUUCCAGCUCUUGCAGCCGCUGACGAAGGUUUCGACGCUGGCGAGUUCGAGGCUGCUACUUAUCAGGACAUGUCGAGAGAACCCCAAAUGAAUGCAGCAGAGUCCAAACCCACCAUCACGACCAAAGACCUCAAGGCGAUGGGACUGGCCGCUGGUGGAAAGCUCGUCCAAGACAUAUAUCGCGACCACAAUCCAGCGUCCAUCUGGAACACCGAAGCUGCAAGGCUGGUCCAUGUGCACAUCCUGGACCCGGCGUCCUGCGAGGCCGUCACCCACGUCGUGCCCCCACCGCCGCCGAUUGAUGCCAUGGGCUACGUCGAAGAGGGCGGCGCAUUCUUCGUCGUGGAAGAGCAGCCCGAGAAUCGCGUUGACGGGGGAGACUUUGACAACGUCAAGUCCGUCUCGGCCAUGGAUCAGCAAAAAGGUGUGCAGAGCGAGCCGUCGCUGGAUCCAUCACAGCCGACCCGCGUCCGCCCUUGCGACCACCAGUUCUGCAAUGUCUGCGUUCGUGAAGUCGACCCGUUGGCAAUUACCCGCAGCUUCACCUCCGCCGAACCCCCUUCGAGAGAGAAAUGGUUCUGCCCGACUUGCAAGAGGGCGGUGUCCUAUGUUGCGGGAUUCUCGGCUCCCAUGAACUUGCCCGGUGAGGAAACUGUCAGGGUCCGGGUGCCGGUUAAUGUCCUCGAGGUCAAGGACGGCAGGGUUGCGUUCAAGAGUAUUCAACAAUCUAGGAUCUGA